GUGCGUCUUUCGUAUUGUGUUAUGGCUUCCUCCGUAGGAAUCUUAAGUAGGGGAGGUUGGUUGUUUCUACUGUUUCGUUAUCCGACGGGGAUGUUCAAUACAUUUUCUCCACGGUUGUUCAGAAUUUGUAAGGGUUGUACCCGGGUGCAGCUACGGGUUAUGUCUUCUAGGAAUCGCGUGGAAAGUAAACUGUUAGAAACCGUUGGCAUCUUUGAGGCACCAAAAAUUCAAGGCAAAUAUGAAACUGGUCAAUUGUUCCUUCACAAAGUAUUUGGGUACCGUGGCAUUGUGCUUUUCCCAUGGCUCGCCAGGCUAUAUGACAGAGAUGUUGGUUCUGCAAAUCCAAAUAGCUCUGACAAGCCGGCCAACUCAGGCUCCAAGGAAGUUAAAGGGAAGGGGCAUCCAUAUUACCAGGUCUUGGUCGAUACACGGGAUUGUCCACACAUUAGAGCACAGACUGAAGCUGUAACAUUUCUUGCCAGCCAUGAUGACAGUAGAGCUCUUUAUGCAAUUCCAGGAUUAGACUACGUGAGCCAUGAUGACAUUCUUCCAUACAGCUCCACGGACGCAGCUCCCAUCCAACAUGAGCUGUUUGAUCGAUUCUUUGUGUAUGACACUGAGAAAGGAUCACAGCUACUUGCUCGGGAUACACUUCGAGCUUGGCAGGAGAAAAACCACCCAUGGCUGGAGCUGUCUGAUGUACAUCGUGAAACAACAGAAGGUGUCCGUGUCACAGCUAUCCCUUUCUACAUGGGCAUGAGAGAGACACAGAACACUCCGGUAUACUGGUGGCGGUACUGUAUCCGUCUGGAAAAUCUGGGCAAGGAGAUGGUCCAGCUUCGUGAACGUCACUGGAGAAUCUUCAGCCUCUCUGGGACACUGGAAACUGUUCGCGGACGAGGAGUGGUAGGCAGGGAGCCAGUGCUAUCAAAAGAGCAACCUGCAUUUCAGUACAGCAGUCAUGUCUCUCUACAGGCACCUAGUGGUCAUAUGUGGGGUACUUUCCGAAUGGAAAGGGAAGAUGGUUACUUUUUUGAUUGUCGAAUUCCGCCCUUUUCUCUGGAGAGUCGCCCUGAAGAUCAGCCAGGAUAUGGAGUAAGGAAGUAAAAGAAAAUUUUGUGGAGUGAAGAGCAAGGAGGACUGACUGUUUUUUAGUAUGGUGUGAGAUUGCUUUUGUUCACCCUUCUAAGUACAGGAGUGAUGCAGUGUAAUUUUUGCAGUUCCAUAUUGGAAAAUAAUCAAGCUGGUCACUUUAUUUAAUGACUUUAUUGGGUUAAAACAGUGAAAAAGCUCAACAUGUAUGUGAUUAUUAUGAAGGUUUAUAUCAACUACACACAAACUGUCCUGAUGUCUUCUCAUAAGACAGGUGCACUUGUACAGCUCUUUCCCUUUUUUAGAUAGCCUGGGCGGUGUUGGAUGAUUACAUAGUUGCAGUUUUCAGUACAGUCAGCACUUUAUUCUGUCUUUGUUGCAUAUUGUUAUUAAACUUGUUGUUUUCUUGUCCUAUUUAGCAGAAUAUCCAUUGUCAUCUUUUGCAGAGACUUUUUACUGCUGUAUUUGUACCACUUUUUUUUUCCUUUUGUGCUCUGUCUGAUGAUGAUUACCCCUUCAGGUUUCAGUAAAUGCACUGAAUUUAACUAGUUGCCCUUUAUGUGCUUUUCGUAGUGUAAUGGAUCGUAUGCUAACUGGAGAACAGGCAGAGUACAUACCAGAGCCUUAUUCACAAAUGCUUGUACCCAUCUGUUGCCAAUGUACCCAUUCAGUGCCAUUUUUCUGGUCCUUUCCUAGGGGUAAGGAUGAUCUUCAGACUACCUUAUCCUCCUGUAGCAUGGUAUACAGUGACAUCACUGGGGUAUGUGGGCAUUUGUAUGCUCUAGUAAAAUAUCUACUUCAGCCUAAAUACAUCUGUAUUAUGUGCCAUGCCUCUCUUCACCACCAGCAGUGAGGCAAACUGUGGGUAUAUCCUUUUACCCUGAGAAAAAUAAUUUCUUGAUUGAAGUUCAGUCCUUUCAAAGCUGCCUGCUGGACUUGUUUUCUAAUAUAUUUGAUUUUAACACAGAUGGAUGUUUCUUUCACCAGCAGCUUGACAUUUACGUACAUUUUAAAAUUUAAAACAAAUGCAUGCUUGUUGGUGGAAGAGGAUGCACCCAGUAAGGGAUAUUCCAGUAUGAGUGUGAUUUACAUUAUAUUGUAAAGACUGAAAAUUGAUGUUACAGUAUUUUUGGCCAAAGUGGUUAAUCUGUAAGAACCAGAUAGUGAAGUUCUCCUAUAAUAAACCAGGAGAAUGACCGUGGGUAUCAAUGUUAAACGCAGGAGCUCCCUCCCUCUGUCACUGUCUGUCAUAUGCAUUGAAGAUGCUGAGAAUAGAAGUAGUGAAGUGUGUCACGUGGUAACUUGAGUAUGAACCUCGUACAGAUAUCUGCAAAACCGUGGCAUGAUUCCAGCAUAUGCUUAUAUAUGGGAAUUACAUAAGCCUGGGAGGGUACAGACACUGAGUUUGUGUUGUAUAGCAUUGUAUGUGUUUACUGAGCUCUUCUUAUUGAACACAUAAGUAAUAGCUGGAUGUAUGUGUCAAUGUUUGUGUUUAGGUACAAAUUUGAGUAUCACACAAAAUUUAUGGUGCAGUCCUGGUAACACUCAACAAAAAUAAGAACAGUCCUUGGUUCCUGGUAAAGAUGACUAGGAUGUCUUCCCAGAAAGAAAAGAUGUUCUUUGCACCAAGCAGGUUGAUCUCCAGCAUAUGAUUGCAUUUUCCAUGCCAGUAUGUUUGUAUAGCAGUAAAUUUGUGCAGGUCAGGAAUAAGCUUCCUGAUUCAGACUUGGUUCUUCACUUACGUGAUAGCACAUCUGAAAUAGUUAAUAUUUUUGUCUUUGUGAAGACCAGACUUGUAGUAUUUACUUCUAGAUGCUGUCUUUCCUUCACAGAUUGCAUCUGGUAAAUAAAUGUACAGUGUAAAUAGCUGAAAGUUUUACUGUUAAUGUCAUUUUUGUCUUAAAUAUUUCAUAAAUGUGCAAAUAAGAUCAAUAUGAAUAAUUUAACGAUGUAAUUAUGGGUUGAAAUAAAAAAAUUCUUAAGCAAAGUCA